GUCUAGAAAAUAAGUCUGAAGAUAUGACAAAGAUUUCUCUAUCCUCACUUGAAAAUAGUACCAUGAUCUCGUCUGGUAACAGAGCUAUCCCUAAGAAAAAUACUCUAGAUAUUGAAAGAAUUAGAAAUGAAGCUCCCGAAUACCAUCCUAAACUUUUUUAUACCACGGGUACUAUGCGUGGUUAUGAAGUUCCUUUCCCAAGACCCGAUGACAUUGAAAAAUGA